AAUCCACAAUAUACGGGUUAAUUAAUUAGCAGCGACAGCCGGUCAGCAACGUCUUUUCCGCUGCCUGCCACGGUUGGUCUCGACUGUAAUCUUAGACCAAAGUGAUAACCAACCGCCGAUAGCACGCCAAGCCAUGUCCCGGGUGAAUGAGCGUGCGUCGUCGCGGGCAGGCACCAGGCCAUCCCCGCUUUCAAGUCGUCAUAUCGUUCACCAUAUCAUUCCAGAGCUGCAUGGCCGAGACGGAUCAGCGGCUAUGGUGAUGGUGACAAGCAGCGGCCGAGGUGUGCACCGGCUUGGCAAAUUCCGGUGCUGCGUGGUGCUCGUGUAACGAGACACAGGGGUUGAAAUAAAGGGGCGGUCCUCCCACCCCCUCGGAACGGGACGAGCUCGAAGUAAGCUUCGCAGCAUAUACCUAUUCAAAUCGGCAUCUUCAGCAUCAAUUCGCGAUUAUGACCCGCUUCUCUUUCGCGGUUCGAGGCCUUGCCGCCCUCGCAUGGCUGCUCCCUUCCGACGCGGCCGCCCAGUCGGCGUGCCCAGGCGUGACCAGCCGCCUCUCGCCCAAGAUGGGCUCCGGCUACAGGGUCAACGUGCUCGCGUCGGGUCUACAGAACCCUCGCCACAUCGCCGUCGACUCUGCCGGCAACCUUCUCGUCGCCGAGGGCGGCAGCGGGUCCGUGCAGCGACUGGUGCUGAGAGAGCAGGGCGACAUUGUUUGCGUGCAGUCCAAGUCGGCCCUGACGAGCGACCAAAGCACCAACCACGGCAUCGCCCUCGGCGCCGACGGACGGACGCUCUUCACGUCCAACCUGUCCAGUGUCACGGCGUACGAGUACGACGCCGACGCGGGCAAGGUCGGGCCGGGCAAGGUCUUGAUCAGGGGCAUGUACCACGACGGCCACCCAACCCGGACUCUGCUGGUCUCCAGGUCGAGCCCCGACGUCAUGGCCAUUGCGCGCGGGUCUCGCCUCAACAUCGACACGCCCACGGUGGACCAGUCGUCGGGACGCAGCAUGAUCAAGACGUUCAGCAUCGCCCAGUCGCGGCUGGCGGCAAUCGACUACAUCUCGGGUGGCGAGGUGUUGGGAUGGGGCCUGCGCAACAUUGUGGGCAUGGACGAAGAUCCGCUGGGGGCCGUGUGGUCGGUAGAAAACUCAAUCGACGACCUCAGAGUCAACGGCAACGACGUGCACAACGAGAACCCGGCCGAGAAGCUCAACUACCACGGCGCUCUCGGCAUCAGCAACAACACGGCCAAGGGCGCCAACUUCGGGUACCCGUGGUGCGUGCCGGCAUGGGACACGGAGAUGCUGGGGGUGGCCGGACAGGCCGGACUGACGGUCGGCACGCUGUUCGCGCCCGACGACGUGCCCAAGCUGGAGGCCGGCGAGGGCUGCGCCGCGCACCCGCCCGGCGCGCUGCACUUUGACCCGCACACGGCGCCGCUCGACUUCAAGUUCACCGCCAACGGCUCGAGCGCGUAUAUUGCCUUUCACGGGAGCUGGGAUCGGCAGCCGGCCGACGGAUACCGCGUCAUGCGCAUCGACUUUGCGAACGGCAAGCCCGUCGCCCCGCCGACCAGCAAGACGGCGGCCAUCCCCGUCAUGGAGAACAGCAACCUCGGCAACUGCCCGGGCGGCUGCUUCCGGCCCGUCGGGCUGGCGUUCGACGGCAAAGGCCGCCUGUAUGUGUCGAGCGAUUCGACCGGGGAGGUCUACGUUGUGUACGGCGCCUAA